AUGAGAGAGUUUCGAGUAUCCUGCAAAAUCAUGACGGGGUUCACGGUGAUCCAUAGAUGCGUUCUGCUUUCCACGUUUCUAACCUUACAAUUACUUCUUUGUAUCACUGCUACAGACACUCUGGAAGCUAACCAAAUAAUCGAAGAUGGUAGCCUUCUCAUCUCCAAAGGUGGUAAAUUUGCCUUGGGAUUUUUCCAUCCAGGUCAUUCUAGCAGCAGCAACAGAUCAUAUCUUGGAAUCUGGUACCAUAAAGUAACACCACAAACCGUGGUGUGGGUAGCAAACAGGAACAGUCCCGUCAACAGAACUUCUGGAGUUCUCGCUCUUGAUGGCCAUGGCUGCCUUGUUCUCUACAGUAGCCAUGACCAAAGAAGGGUCCCCUUGUGGUCUGCUAAUGCAACCUCUUCUGUGGAUACCUAUGUGGCUCAGCUGUUGGAUUCAGGGAAUCUGGUCUUGCUCCAAGGUUUGCCAGAACAACGCAGAAUGGUGUGGCAAAGCUUUGAUUAUCCCACAGAUACCGCACUCCCGGGAAUGAGAAUUGGUUUGAAUCUGAGAACCGGUUUUGAUCGGAACUUGACAUCAUGGAGAUCACCCGAUGACCCGGGAAUUGGCAACUACUCUUUCCAGGUCCACCCAAACGGCUCCCCACAGUUCUUCCUUUACCAGAAGCCAAAUGGGAACCACUAUUGGCGCAGCGGGUCAUGGCCGUGGGCGCACUUCCCUGAUCUAUACAACUACACUUUUGUCAACGGAGAAGAUGAAGUUUACUUCUCUUUCACGGUUGGCGAUGAAAAUCUUCUGUUAAGAAUAGUGGUUGAUGAUACAGGAACCAUGAAGCGAUUGAGGUGGCAUGAGAAUGACGAGAGAUGGAAGGAGUACUGGUCGGCGCCCAAGUCCAGAUGUGAUUACUAUGGACAGUGUGGUGUUAACAGCUUAUGUGAUCCGAAUAAUGUCAAUAGCUUUGAGUGCACUUGUUUACCUGGUUAUGAACCGAGGUCGCCAGGUAGCUGGCGCCUUAGGGAUGGAUCAGCAGGAUGUGUCAGGAAGCGGUUAAAACCUUCCUCAUUCUGUGAACGUGGAGAAGGGUUCUUGAGAUUGGAUAAUAUAAAGGUUCCCGACACUUCAGCUGCUGUUUGGGUUAGCAGGAGCAUGACUCAAGCUGCCUGUGAAGAGGCCUGCAGAAGUAAUUGUUCAUGUUCUGCUUAUUCAAGGAGGUAUCUUGAAGGGAAGGAAAAGGGAUGCUUGGCAUGGUAUGGGGAACUAAAUGACACUGUUAUAUUUCUUGACAGUGGUGAUGAUCUAUUCGUGAGAGUUGAUUCACAUGAAUUGGCUGAGAAUCUGAGGAAAUUAUCUGGUGAUGAUGCUGUGGUGAAGGUUAAGCUGGCAAUUGUUGUGCCAUCUGUUGCUUCAGUUUUGUUUGCCAUGUCGAUAUUUGUCUAUUUCAGGCUUCGGAGCUGGAAACGGGAGAGAGUGAAGAGCAGAUGGAUCAAAAGAGUAUUUGAUUCUGCUGGCGGUUCGAAUUCCUCUACGGGCAGUUUGGCUGCAACGGUACUUGGAGCAAACACCAUUUAUCCGGAGCUACCAUUUUUUGAUUUGCGUGAAAUUAUGACAGCCACUCAGAAUUUCUCUCCGGCUAACAAAGUUGGUCAAGGUGGUUUUGGGGAAGUUUACAAGGGUCAGCUAACAAAUGGGGAAGAGGUGGCAGUAAAAAGACUAUCUAGAAGUUCAGGUCAAGGAAUUGAAGAGCUGAAGAACGAAGUGGUGUUGAUUGCCAGGCUGCAACACAGGAAUCUUGUGAAGCUUCUUGGGUGCUGCAUUGAGGAUGAAGAACAGUUGCUUGUUUAUGAGUACUUGCCAAACAAAAGCUUGGACUCGUUCCUCUUUGAUGAAAGGAGGAGCCCUUUACUAGAGUGGAGGAUCAGAUUCAACAUCCUCGUGGGGAUUGCUCGUGGGAUAUUGUACCUUCACCAGGACUCGAGUGGCUACAUGUCUCCAGAAUACGCAGUGUUCGGGAAGUUUUCGGUGAAAUCCGAUGUGUUCAGCUUCGGUGCCAUACUAUUGGAGGUGGUAAGCGGCAAGAGGAUCAAUUGCUUUCUCCACGAGGCAGCUCCACGGACAUUGAUCGGACAUGUAUGGAACUUAUGGAGGGAGAAGAGGGUGUUGGAGAUCAUGGAUCCUUCAUUGAAGGAAUGCUAUGUUGCCGAGGAAGCUCUGCGGUGCAUCCAGUUGGGGCUGUUGUGCGUUCAGGAAGAUGCAAUGGACAGACCAAACAUGUCAGCAGUUGUUCUGAUGCUGAACAGCGAGACGCCGAUUCCAUCUCCGAAACAACCGGCUUUCGUUUUCAGGCGACCUGGCGCGGAUGCCAAUUCGGUGAUGGCCGGUGGUGGUGAUCCUUGUUCCAUCAACGAUCUGACUCUAACAGGGGUGGUGUCGCGGUAGAGAGAACCACAAGUCACUUGCAGUUGUGGGGAGACAUAGAAGUAGAGUGUACAUUCCUUCUGUUCUGUCUCAUAUUUCGUAGGAGAAAGAGAGUUGAGGCAAUAGUUUCAUACCAUAAAAAUGCACAAAUGCAUAAUCAAUGCUUGUGCCCCAUAACCUAGGGGUGGGCAUGGGGUGAGUCGGGUGGAUUUUGACUAUAAAAUGCACCUACCCGCGCU